GCGCCACUUGCUCACAAAAUGUUAAACUGUUGGGCCUGAAAAGUUUAACAUUAUGCUUCUCAGCGAGGAAAAACAACGGAUUGAGUAUAUGGGUUACUGUCCACGAGAAAAAUUCCACGUGGGGGCAACAUACGGACAAACUACUCAUGAAUUACUCAGGCACGUGAAUGAAGAACGCAAGAGACGACAGCAAUCAGAUCCUAACAGAUCAAUUUCAAAAGAGGUUUUACCGAAAGAAAGGCCUAGUGAAAUUAUCUCGAAACGAAAAGUUGUUGAUUCGGAUUUGAAAUUUACUUCUUCUAUGGUACCAGGCUAUACAGGUUACACGGGAUAUGUACCAGGCGAACGGUUUUCCUUUGGUAUGUCUUAUCCUUUGUCCACCAAAGUUGCUUUGCAAAACUUCAACAGGGAAGAACAGUUAAAGGUUCUCAUCGCGCAGCAAGAAAUCGGAACAACACAAAUAAAUCAGAGACGCGUGAUUUCGCUACUUCCUGAUCACAACAGUUUUCCACUGCCUCGUGAAAGAAUUCCGCGUUACACCGGACAUGUCCCAGGUCUUAAGUUCACGUUCGGCGAGACUUAUGGAACCUCAACCAAAAAAAAAUUGGGAUUUUCAAAUUCUCAAGACAUUAAAACUUGA